AUGAACUUUUUCGCAAGUGGGCUGAACACCCUUCGAGGCCAGAAGGGGCAGCACCAGACUGGGUCCGAGACCAUCGACAGGCUCUGCGACAGAAUCGAGCAUGCGACUCUUCUCGAGGACAGACGUGCUUCGGUUCUCACCCUCAAGUCGUGCUCCCGAGAACAUCGGCGGGACAUUGGUGCAAGGGGUACCAAGGUCCUCUGCAAGGUGUUGCAUCAGGACAAUGCCGAUAUCGAUAUCACCAAGGCCGUUCUGGAGACAUUGACAGUGUUAUGUCAACCCGAGUCGGACCGUGAAGAAGCACAGGAUUUGGCCCUGGAGAUUUCAAAAGCUAUCCUCGAGGAUGCGAGCAACGUGGCAGUCUUGCUGGAUAUGCUGGAGGAAUACGACUUUUACGUGCGAUUCCACGUGGUAUCACUCCUCGCCACACUGGUCCUGAGCAACACUGAUCGCCUUCAGGAAUCCAUCCUCACUUCACCCAUGGGAAUGUCGAGGCUGAUGGCGCUCCUGGACGAUCGCCGCGAGAUUAUCCGCAAUGAGGGCCUGUUGCUGUUGAUCUCGCUGACAGAGUCGAAUGCGGAUCUUCAAAAGAUUGUGGCGUUUGAGAAUGCAUUCGAGAGACUAUUGGCGAUUAUUGACGAGGAAGGUGCUAUCUCUGGAGGCAUCAUUGUCCAGGACUGUCUUCAACUUGUGCAAAACCUUUUACGAUACAAUGUUUCAAAUCAGAACUAUUUCCGUGAGACGAGCUGCAUUCAGAGGAUCCCGGCUCUGUUCAACGAAGAGAUCUUGGACGAUAAUGGAAAACAUAACGCAUCAAUGAAGGAUGUCUGGUCGGAUCAAAAGGGCAACAACAUGAUCAUGGUUUUGGAGCUCAUCCGCGUCCUGGUCGUCCCAGACCAUUCCAACACCACUCCCAACCAAAAAUCGAUGUACCAGUGCGGGGUUCUUCCGCUAUUGAUUGAUGUGUCUCUGACCUCCAACGCCCCACAGCGUGUUAAGGCUAGUGCUUUCUACGCGUUGGCAGAGCUGAUUCGACUCAACAAUGUGAACCAGGAUACGCUUUCCAAAACUGUUAUUAUACCCGCUCAUCCACCGGUCUUUAUCCCAGAAGCCCACAACUCGUCCUUGACGCCUCCAAGUCGAUCGUCAGCUCAGCUUUCUCGCUCAUCGUUUCAGUCUGGACGCAACUCGGCCAUUGGAGAUCAUCGACCACUCGAACAGCGGGAGCGGUGUCCGGCUAUUGUUGAAGUCGUUGCUAUUGCUGUUGGGAAAUACCCUGGAUGCACUUACUCUGUCAGAGCCGCAGCCACCUGCCUCUUCCAAACGUUUGUGCUGGAGAACCCUGACACGCAGAUGGUGCUGGCCACAACCCUAAACCCACCGCCAGAUGACAACCCCAACACUCCAUCCAAUGAAAAACCACAGUCGCCAGGAACACUGUUGCUGGAGGCAUUGCAAGGAUGGCAGGAAGAUAACGAGACGGGGGUGACAGAUCCGUAUAACAGCUGGUUUGCGACAGUGCUGUUUUCACAUAUUCUUCAAAACAACUCGCGGGCCAAAUCCAUCGCCUUGGCAAUUACUUUCGGGGACGAAGAAAAUGGCGAGGAUCCAGUAUCCUUGAUUCAUGCGAUUGCUGCUGCUCUAAUGGUGGCUGUCAAGGGUCAGUCUGAUCCCCGUGUCGCUUUGGGAUAUCUGGCUCUCCUCUGUGUAUGGUGCUACGAUAGCCCCAAGAGUAUCAAGGACUUUUUGUCAGAAGGAGUCCACCUGCAGUUUUUGAUAGAGCUGAUUAGUCCGUCGUCGAAGGAAGAUCCAAUGGUUCAAGGACUGGCAGCAUUCUUGCUUGGAAUUUGCUAUGAGUACAACUGGGAACAGGACGCUCUUAUCACCCGUGCGACGAUCCAGCCCAUUAUCUUGAGCCGCAUUGGACUUGACCACUUUGCAGCGUGUAUUACUCGCGUACGAGAGUCUAAGCCCUUCAAGGAUGCUGUGCCGUUUAUGGUUGUCCUUCCAUCUGAAGAGGGUGGCGGAAGGUUGCCUGAUCUGUACUUUGACUACUCCUUUGUUGAGUUUCUCAAGCGCACCUUUGAGAGCACUCAAAAGUCGAUUAUGGUGUCCCCUAACAAGAGUCGUCCUCUGGCAGGACUGUCGGCUUCGGAUCAGGCAGAGACAGAGUCGCAGAUGGCAUCGAUGCAGGCCAAGAUUGAGGCACAGAAUAGUGAAGUAGCGAACCUGAAGUCAGGCCAUGAUGCUGAAGUGGCUAACUUGAGAUCGAGUCAUGAAGCUGAGGUGGCUGGUUUGAGGGCUAGGCAUGAUGCUGAGGUGGCAGACUUGAGGGCGAAACUUGACGAGGCCUACCGUAUGCUUUCUCAACAGGCCCACGAGAGAAGGGAGCAUGAAGCGGUAUGGAGAGAGUUGGAAGAGUUGAGGGAAGAGGGUCGUGUGCGGCAGGAGCGUCAGGAGGCAUUGGAGAAGGAGCAUGAGGACCUGUUGAUCUGUUUGGCAGAGCAGGAUGAGGAGUUGAGUGGAUUGAAGGAGCACAUCCUAGCGCUUGGCAUCAGCAAGUAG